AUGCCCAUUGAUGCGGUUUACAAACGAGAGGCUUGGUAUGUUGGCGUGGCAUACAACCCUUGGAAAAUUGUCAACAAUUUUCCAGAGGCGGCUCAGCAGCGUCUUGCACACUGGGCGGUCUACAUUCGACCCUGCUCCAGCAGUGAUAAGGGGCCUAUGUACAGAGUUUUCGGAAUGAAUUUUCUGACGGACACAUCAAGUGAUCUGAUUUUGGAGGAUGUCUGGGGAACUCCUGGAGAGGGCGGAGCAGGAUUAUGGAAGAACAUGAUCUGUAAGGACGAGUUCAAGCAAGUCCUCGAACCUGGGAUUGAAGAGAAGGUGAUGUAUUUCAAUUUACAGGAGUUCGUUCUGCAUCUUCAAUGGAUCCUACGGAUCUUCCUGAGGAAACGAGCUAUUCGUCAGGCUGUCUACCCUAACCCUGAGUACGCCGGUGACAAAUAUGCUCUCUUGACCGCCAACUGCCAGCAUUUUGUGCGUUUCGCUCUUCAAUCCUUGGAGAAGUUUCAAUGGACGGACAGAAGCCGGCUCAACGAAAGCUUCUCGCUUGCUGUUCUUGGGCAGCAAAUAAUGCGUGAUAUUAUGAAUACUGAGCACUCAAGAUUUGAGGUUGCCCAGUCAGGAGCGGCGAGCCAUCUUCACGGAACAGUCCUGACAGAGCUGUCUCCUCUAGCUUUCAGAAACCCGGCGGCCGCCGGCAAGAACGCACCCAUUUAUGUUGGUCGGAAGCGGUUCCCAGAUUGGCACUAG